UCGAGUACAUGCAUCAUGGAUGGAAAAGCAGAUCUGUGAACGCCAUCGAACUUGACGUCAGAUACCAUUACAAAAAGAUGAUAUAUGAAGAUACUGAUGCUGCCAUGUUGAGAAUGUUUGAAGCCUUUCUAGAGUCUGCUCCACAACUGAUUCUACAGAUUUAUAUAAUACUGACAGAAACUCAAGAUGACACAAUAAUCAUGCGUAAACUAGUUUUAAACUUUCUGUUUCAUAUAGUUCGAGGAUUUGCUAUUUCUGGAUCCUGGAUGAGUGUAUCAGGUUCGUUAGUAUCAUACCAGAAUGCUUUACGGGCAUCCCAUAACAUUAAAGGCAGUGGUCUAUCAACAUGUGGCACCAUUUUAUUUUACCUUUGGCGAGCAUGUGAAGGAUAUUUGAUGAUAUUUUGUUUUCAAAACGUACAGGACGGUCGUACAAGAUUCAGAGCCUUGUUUUAUUACUAUAUGAUAUUUUCUGAAAAUAUCGUCAUGUUGAUACUAUGGGGAUAUUUUACACAACACAAAAGUGAAUGGUUAUACCUUGCUGCUAUCGGUACUGUAGCUUCAUUCAUGGUCAUUCAGAUUAUUGUUCAGUUAUUUUCUAGCAAUAAUGUAAACGGUACCAAUAGUACUUUUGCUUAUAAUGUAUCACAGACCAGUUAUAAAAAUAUCGAUAAUAUUCUGAAAGAGUAA